GCUUCCUACAUGUGAACCGAUGUGUAGUGAUCCUGGCGCUCCAGAGAAUGGUUAUCAAGUACAGGAAUAUGACUACCCUGUGUUAACUAACACUACAGUGACGUUCGAGUGCAAUGUUGGUUAUGAUAGACACGGCAAAGGUUAUACACAAUGCCAUGAUGGUAUUUGGGAACCCCAGUGGAGAAACAUUUUGUGCAGAGCUUGAGGAGUGUUGCAGUGAUCCUUGUCAAAAUGGCGGAACGUGUAUCGAUGGUAUAGGUAGAUAUGACUGCCUUUGUCCACAAGGAUUUUAUGGUCACAACUGUGAACAAGAAUACAGUGUAUGUUAUGUCUGGGGCGAUCCACAUUAUAUCACAUAUGACGGGGUCAAGUAUGACUUCCAGGGAGACUGUAUUUACAUCUUAUCAGAAAGUGCUACGUAUGAGAUGACGUCAUUUAGAGUCCUGGCAAACAAUGAGGCGUUCCAAGCAGGAGAUGAGACUCUAAGUGUCACACAAGAAUUGAUAGUGAUAGUUUACGGAGAGGAAGUACGGCUUAUGAGAGGAAAACAAGUUACAGUGAACGGGGAGCAGGUUACUCUGCCAUAUAACGUAUCUCCACAGAUUGCAGUGAGGGAUACUGGAAGCUACGUUAGUGUUUUCGUUGAUUUUGGUCUUAUAGUUAGGUGGGAUGGUUACCACCAUGGCGAUGUCAAGGCACCGGGUACAUACAAGGGUAUACUAAGAGGAUUGUGUGGUAACUACAAUGAUGACCCAGAAGACGAUUUUACGGAUAUUGAAGGAAGACUAAUGCCGAUUGAAAUAGAACACGCCCAUCGUGCAGCAAUGUUUGGUAAUACCUGGGUGGCUAACGAAAAAGAAUGUGAUUCCCAUGCAGGUGGUUGUAAUCCGUGUGCCAAGGAUGUAGACAUAGCAACCGAGGCUCAUGAAUUGUGUUCAGUGUUCACAGAUACAAAUGGACCAUUUGCCGUGUGCCACGAUGCCAUUGACCCGGAAGAUUUCUUCUCAGCGUGCAUGUUUGACCUCUGUGCUAAAUUACCAGACAAAAGUGGAUUGUGCAUGAACGCUGAAGUGUACGCACAAGUCUGUCUCGACAUCAGAAUCCCAGUCGACUGGAGACGAGACGACCUAUGUCCUGCUUUGUGCAAAGAUGGUACCGUGUAUACUCAUGCAACGUCGCCUUGUCCCGAUACCUGUAUCGACCAGUCACCACACUACCAAUGUCCCGAUAGACGUUUAGUGGACGGAUGUGUCUGUCAAGAAGGUUUCUUAUUAAACUUGGGCGAAUGUGUUCCAGAUAACCAGUGUCCAUGUGAACAUGGCGGCAAGUAUCUUCAGUUUGAAGAGACUGUAACUUUGGACGAAUGUGACGAAGAUUGCACUUGUCGGAAAGACGGUGUAGUUGAUUGUGUGGCCAUUAGAUGUGACCCCAAUGCAUACUGUGGAGAGAAAAACGGGGAGCAUGGAUGUCAUUGUAACGAUGGCUAUCAAGGAAAUGGCAAACGUUGUAUAGGUCAUCACUGUAACAGCCAGCCUUGUCAAAAUGGUGGAACAUGUCAGGACCACAUCGACCAUUACACCUGUACAUGCGAAAAUGGCUUCACUGGAUCUAAUUGCGAGACAGAACAGAACGAAUGUCAUAGCAGUCCAUGUCAAAAUGGUGGAGCAUGCAUCGACAGAGUUGGUUAUUAUGAAUGCGUGUGCGCAAAUGGUUACUAUGGAGACAAUUGUGAAACGGAUUUGAACGAGUGUGCUAGCAACCCAUGCCAACAUGCCGCAACUUGCAAAGACAACAUUGGCGGAUAUGAAUGCUUCUGUGCCGAUGGAUAUUCUGGGGUGCAUUGCGAGGAAGUAGACGAAGUGGCCACAACAACAAAAACUACAACUAGAGAACCGAAUGCAAUCGUGACCACUUCAGCACACCAGCCAAGUACUGGGGCUAGUGGCACAGAAGUAUGUUAUACAUGCAAGAAUGAAAAGAAUAAUGAAGACUGUAUUGGAGCAAAUAAUAUAGAGACAUGCAAUAUGAAUACACCUCGAUGCGAAACAGAAUUGUGGAACAAACAGGGAGAGAUUUUGAUAUCCAAAGGGUGCAAACAAGAACAGGCAUGUAUUAACGGAGAGCUAAAUAACCCCGGGGAAUGUUCUGAUGGCGCUGUUAGUAACAAAUGUAACUACUGUUGCGAAGGAAACCUCUGUAAUCUUGGUGUACCCGAAGGGCACUGUUUACGCGACGGCGUCGUGUAUCCAAACGGACAUAAUUGGACGAAUGAUGAAACAACGUGUGAAGCGUGUACAUGUCGGAAUAGCGUCAUAGACUGUACAACAGACACUGCCCAAACUAACUUUAAUGGCCACCAAAUCUGUGAGAGUGAGUUUGACUGUCCAUCUGACAGUAAUUGCUUGCCGGUGGACGUAAAUUGCGUUGGCGAUUCUUGUAGCAGUAUUUGUUCCGACAGUAUCCAAGACAGAUCGGCUGAUAACAGACCAUGUGCAGAUCACCGGGACGGUUCAUCGGAUGGAUGCGUUGUUGUAGAUAUUGAUGUUGAUGGGCGAUCAACACAAAGUCAGAAAUACGUGUACCCACGUAAUCAGUUGAACGUGAUUGGCCAGUACAAACUCCAGGUAGAACGUGAUUGGCCUGUACAAACUUCAGGUGCUGUUAUUGCUUCUCAGAUAUGUGACGAGUUUGGAGAGUAUGUUCGAGAUAAUGUAGCAGGCAUUUCGUCGUGCAGUGAUGUGGAUUGCUGGGAAGAUAGUUCAAGACGUCGACGAGAAACACAUUCCAUAUUCCGUGUUGUCAUCGAUGUGGGCAGACAAAUCGAACGCAGUUCUGAAGCCACCCUUGACGUUGUACACAAUAUAGAAUCAACCUUCCAACAAGACAAAGCAGCUGGAACUCUACCCGGCGAGCUCUCUGCUAUCCAACAAGUCACUGUCAUCGUUAACGGCGGUUGGGGUGUAUGGUACGAGAGCACUGAAUGCAGUGAGUCAUGUGGUGGAGGUGUACUUGUAAUCAAAAGAGACUGUUCGAAUCCUAGUCCAGCCAAUGGUGGUUUAGACUGUGUGGGUGAAGACUCACAGCAGAUACCUUGCAACGAACAUGCAUGUUCCGAUGCACUUACUGGUGACCAAGACAAAUCUGAAGAUUCUGGUUCAAUAGAGUGGCUUCUACCGACGAUGAUCACAGUGGCAGCUGUCUCGGUACUCGGCAUCAUAACUAUGAUAACAAUAAGACACCAUCGACGGAACAAGAAGGCUCGUGAAAUCGAACGCAUACAGGCCUUAUCGGCAGAAGCAAGACGUGGCAGCAAUAGAUAUCUUGGAAGACAAGUUAUGGCAGAAACGGCGUGUAAAGCGGAGAGUGGGACAGUGUAUCUCGAAGAUGAGGAUGCUGAGUUCGCUUCGAGGCCAAUCUCAUUUUCCAACCCAUCGUUUCAAUCAAAUAUUGAUUAAUAUGACAUUAUUUUUUU